UCAAAUUUUUUGUCUGCUUUAAUUUAAAUUUAUUGUUGUUGUUAUUUGAUAGAACUGGUUUGAUUAUUGCUUUAGUUUAAUUUACACUGGUUCAACAACAACGUUACAGAUAACAGUGUAAGGUAUAUAUAGUGGUUAACAUUGAUAUAACACUUCAGAAAUAUCAUGACUCGGUCUGUUCCAGGUACUCCUGUGAAAUUUGCGAAGGGCACCCUUAAUAUAUCCACACCUAAGAGCAUCUCCAAACGUACCCUUGUGUCUUUGGAUGAGAAUGAUUCAUAUCUCGAAGAAGAAGAUGCUACGUAUAUGUAUAAUGAGACUACUACUGUGAGUGAUGAAGAGGAGGAUUUAGAUUAUGUGGAGGAAGAGGAUGAAGAUGAGGAAGAAGAAGGCGAAGGCGAAGAUGAUGAUGAGUAUGAGAAGAUAGAUAAGAAGAAUAUCAUAUCUAUUGAUGGUGAUGAUGAUGUUAAAGAAGAGACUAAAGUAAUUGAUUCAGAGAAUAGUUCCAUUUCAAGUCUAAUACCCGAACAAACAGAAAAAUUUCGUCAAUUUUUAGUUAAACAUGAAAUACCUCGAAAAUUAUUCCAUUCUUCGAUUGGAUUUGUUACAUUAUGGUUAUAUACUUUAGGUUUCAACCAUAAAGCAUUAAUUCCACCAAUCGCUACUAUACUGGCUGGUAUAUUCCUUAAUGAUAUCAUUCGUUUCCAAUUCCCAGAAAUAAAUAAACUGGUGGUUAAAUUCAUGUGGUUUAUAAUCAGAGAUAAAGAAGUUAAUCAAUUUAAUGGUACACUUUGGUUUACUCUUGGAGUACUCAUUGUAUUUACAUUCUUACCUAAGGAUAUUAGUGUCAUGAGUGUUUUACUUUUAAGUUGGGCUGAUACUGCUGCAUCUACUUUUGGUAGACAAUUUGGUAAAUAUACUCCUCAAAUAACAAAGGGUAAAUCCUUAGCAGGUUCAAUUGCAUGUUUUUUCGCUGGUAUAAUAAGUUGUUAUGUGCUUUAUGGAUAUUUCAUACCGGCUUAUUAUACUAUUGUUGAUACUCCUGAAGAAAUCUUUUGGAAACCUGAAACAAGUCAUUUAAAUUUAUUUGUUUUUUCAUUAGUUUGUGGAUUUAUCGCUAGUGUCUCUGAAUUUAUUAAUUUAUUUGAAUUAGAUGAUAAUUUCACUAUUCCAGUAUUAAGUGGAUUCUUCAUCUAUGGAGUGGUUUACAUCACCAACAUUUAAAUUGUUUUCUAAGAUGAAAAAUAUAAAAACUAAAAACUAAAAAAAAUCAGAAAAUUUAAACUAUCAAAAAAAGAGAUCUAGUUUUUUUUAUUGUUAUGAUGGAGAUGUGUAUUUAAUCUAUAGAGUUCAUAAAUUUCUCCAUUAACAUCUGAGA